AUGUGCUUCUCCGCUGACUCAAAAAGACCAGGCGCAAUGGACAACCGUCGUUCUCCUCUACCUAUCUGGCUCGAUGUCGUGUUGUUCAUAAACCUCACCACUGUCAUUGUCUGUGCUUCCAAGAUCUUCCUUCGCAGUCUCGGCUACUUGGACGCCAACUAUGUCUCGAGGUCGGACACAGAUGCUCGCGUGUUGUUUCUGGGCGGGUUCGUCAUGAUCCUGAUUGCCAUCAUGAUCAUGAGGAGGGCACACGCCGUCAUCAGAGACAUGGAGAAGCUCAAGUCUAGCAUGUUGCUAGCCCGUCGUGAGCUGGCUGUCGCCGAGCGUGAUCGUCGAGAGUCGCGAAGGGAGGAAGAGGACGAGGAAUUCGAGCUCAUAUUAUCGGACGCUACUACCGAUACGAUACAGGCAAACCUGAACGCACUCCGAGCCUAUGCCGACGCCAAUAACGACAUCAUGGCGAUUCUGGACAGAAUGCAUGGUCGCAAGGACCCCGAUAUGGCUUCCAUCAGGAGUGUGCUCGAGGUUAGAAACACCAUCGAAGAGCUGAGGAAGAAAAGUGGCGAUGAGUUCGAGUUGUACAUUGAUCGCUUGGACAUCAUCCGCUCGGCUUUCAGGCAACGAGACACCUAG